CUGAACCAGCCGCCGGAGUCGGAGUGGCGACGGGGUGUGGAGCAGGCAAAAAACCACUGGGGGAGGCCAGUCCUGAUCAGUGCCGUCUGGCUCCAGCUCCUGAUCCUGUGCGGAGCAACAGCCGCGGUCGCAGUCUCCGCCACCGCCUCCGCCUCCAUCGUCGUCGGGGGAGGGGCCAGCCGGACCCCGGGGUCACAGCCGAGGAAUGAGGAGAGGCGGCCGGGCCCCGCGCUCCGCCCCGGCCUAGGGCCUUGCCCCGGGAGUCGCGAGGGUGGAGGGCUGAAUUUUGAUCUAUGUCCACCCUACCUCAGCUGCCUGAAAGUACUUAAUGAUCACAUGACCCUGGACAUGGAUGCUGUCUUGUCAGAUUUUGUCCGUUCCACAGGCGCAGAGCCUGGGCUGGCCCGAGAUCUCCUGGAAGGAAAGAAUUGGGACAUGAGUGCUGCCCUCAGUGAUUUUGAACAGCUACGUCAAGUCCAUGCUGGGAACCUGCCCCCACCCUUUAGUGAAGGGAGUGGUGGUUCCAGGACCCCUGAGAAAGGGUUUUCGGAUAGAGAGUCUGCCCGCCCUCCCCGACCCACCCUGCAGCGGCAGGAUGACAUCGUUCAAGAAAAACGCCUGUCUAGGGGCAUCUCCCACGCCAGCUCCAGCAUUGUUUCCCUGGCCCGGUCCCAUGUCUCCUCCAAUGGUGGGGGUGGGGGGAGCAGUGAGCACCCCCUGGAAAUGCCCAUCUGUGCCUUCCAGCUUCCAGAUCUCACUGUGUACAAUGAAGACUUCCGCAGCUUCAUAGAGAGAGACCUUAUUGAACAGUCCAUGCUGGUUGCCUUGGAACAGGCAGGGCGUUUGAACUGGUGGGUGAGUGUCGAGCCUACCUGCCAGAGGCUGCUUCCUUUGGCAACUACUGGGGAUGGAAACUGCCUCCUGCAUGCAGCCUCUCUGGGCAUGUGGGGUUUCCACGAUAGGGACCUGAUGCUGCGGAAAGCUUUGUAUGCACUGAUGGAGAAGGGAGCUGAGAAGGAGGCAUUAAAACGGCGCUGGAGGUGGCAGCAGACACAGCAGAACAAAGAGUCAGGGCUGGUGUACACAGAGGACGAAUGGCAGAAGGAAUGGAAUGAGCUGAUCAAGCUUGCCUCAAGUGAACCCCGCAUGCAUCUAGGUACCAAUGGAGCCAACUGUGGUGGGGUGGAGAGUUCAGAGGAGCCUGUAUAUGAGAGCCUAGAAGAAUUCCACGUCUUUGUCCUUGCCCAUGUGCUUAGGAGGCCCAUAGUCGUCGUGGCUGACACCAUGCUGAGGGACUCUGGAGGGGAAGCAUUCGCUCCUAUUCCCUUUGGGGGAAUCUAUCUGCCCUUGGAGGUCCCAGCGAGCCAGUGUCACCGCUCCCCUCUGGUGCUCGCCUAUGAUCAGGCCCACUUCUCUGCACUUGUGUCCAUGGAACAGAAGGAGAACGCCAAGGACCAAGCUGUGAUCCCACUUACAGAUUCAGAGCAUAAGCUGCUGCCCUUGCACUUUGCUGUGGACCCUGGAAGGGGCUGGGAGUGGGGCAAAGAUGACAAUGACAACGUCCGAUUGGCCAGUGUAAUCCUGUCCCUAGAGGUCAAAUUGCAUCUGCUACAUGGCUACAUGAAUGUGAAGUGGAUCCCAGUUUCCUCUGAUGCACAGGCUCCCCUGGCACAACCUGAGUCCCCCACAGCCUCAGCUGGAGAUGAACCCCGGUCCACUCCUGAGUCUGGGGACUCAGACAAGGAGUCAGUUGGCAGCAGUUCUACGAGCAAUGAGAGCAGCAAGCGGAAAGAGAAGUCAAAGCGAGGUCGGGAGAAAGACAAGAAGAGAGCCGAUUCUGUGGCCAACAAACUGGGCAGCUUCGGCAAAACCUUGGGCAGCAAGCUCAAGAAGAACAUGGGAGGCCUGAUGCACAGCAAGGGCUCUAAGCUGGGAGGGGUGGGGACGGGGUCAGGGGUUAGCAGCGGCACCGAGACACUGGAGAAGAAGAAGAAGAACUCGCUGAAGAGCUGGAAGGGUGGCAAGGAGGAGGCAGUGGGGGAUGGGGCCGUGUCUGAGAAGCCCACGUCUGAGUCUGUGGGUAAUGGAGGGAGCAAGUAUAGCCAGGAGGUGAUGCAGAGCUUGAGCAUUAUGAGGAUUGCGAUGCAAGGGGAGGGGAAGUUUAUUUUUGUUGGCACCCUGAAGAUGGGUCACCGUCAUCAGUACCAGGAGGAGAUGAUCCAGCGCUACCUUUCUGAUGCUGAGGAGAGAUUCCUGGCAGAGCAGAAGCAGAAGGAAGUGGAGAGGAAGAUCCUGAAUGGGGGGUCAGGGAGUGGGCCUCCUCCAGCCAAGAAGCCAGAGCCAGAUGGCGGAGAGGAGUUGCUGCCUGCACCCCCAGCAGAAUCCAAGCCAGUGGCGUUCUCUGCUGGCUAUCCUGGGGGCUUUACGAUCCCUCGCCCUGCUGGGGCUGGAGUCCACUGCCAGGAACCCCGGAGGCAGCUGGCAGGAGGUCCUUGUGGGGGGGGCCUACCACCCUAUGCCACCUUCCCCAGACAGUGCCCUCCAGGGCGACCCUACCCCCAUCAGGACUGCAUCCCGUCUCUGGAGCCAGGCAGCCACUCCAAGGACGGGCACAGGGGUGCACUGCUACCACCCUCCUUCCGCGUGGCUGAUUCCUAUAGCAACGGCUACAGAGAGCCCCCUGAGCCAGAUGGAUGGGCUGGAGGUCCUCGGGGGCUUCCUCCAACCCAGACCAAAUGCAAACAACCGAACUGCAGCUUCUAUGGACACCCGGAGACAAACAACUUCUGCUCCUGCUGUUACAGGGAAGAACUGCGGAGGAGGGAGCGUGAACCGGGUGGGGAGCUGCUGGUGCACAGGUUCUGAGGGGGGGCCCUGGAGGGCAAGGGGGGCUAAACAAAGAGAGUUAAGCUCAAAGAAUUAGCUCAUCAAGACCCAGCCCCCAUGCGGAUGGGGCAAAUGCAGUGAUGGUGGGAGCCUGGCUGGAAACUUUUGAAGUGUGUGCGCGCUGGAGAGCUGCCAGGCUGGGCAGAGCAGGUCAGGGCUGGACGGUGCCUGGAGGGCCGUGCUCGUCCUUCGUCAGUCCUGCUGGGACUGAGGAGGUACAAGGGGAAAAGGCAAUGCUUCUGUCUCAUAACUGCUUGGGUACACCCCAAGACCAAGGGAAACGAGGGGAAGAUUUAGUGUGUGGGGGUGGGGAGGCAGGCAGACGUCCAGGGCAGGAACAGGCAAAGGAGGUUCUCAGUCAAUAAAAGAGAAAACAGACCAAAGUUCUUGUAGGUUGGAAAAAAGCACAUGACUGUGGAGUUGGGAGUGUGGAGGGAAACUGGGGAAUUGGAUUUGCUAUUGAAUUGAAUUAAGGUAAAAAUUAGGGUUGGAUCAGUUCUUCCUCCUGAAGGAUCUGGAAAGACAAGGCAGUAAUGUGUGCUCACGGGUGCGUAUUAGGAGGGGGGUUAGUUUACAUCCAUUUAUUGAGAUGGGAAAGGGAAGAAUUUAAAAGGGGAAUCCUUUUCCUCUCAAGUUUUAUUUCCUUCUAAACAGCCAUCUGUCAUCUGUUCUAGUUUGAGAGGAGAUUGCUGAUUGCCCUGUAUCUUUUGCUCAUCCUUUUUGAGGGCUGAGCUCAGCUAAGUUAAGAUUGUGAUUUUUUUUUAAUGACUUUAAUUUUAUUAAAAAAAAAAGUUCCCUAAGGGAAGGGAAGAGUGAUGAGGAGAACAGCUGUGUGGGCUGAAUCUUCUCCAGGUGAGUGGGUGCACAGGGGAUCAUUUGUAACUACUUAGCAAUAACCACACACUGGGGUGUGAGUGCACUCUGGGAGGGCCAGGAGCAGGACAGACCUUUGGCCAGACUGUUUCAAACAAAACCAAAAACCUAAAUAGAGUACUACCAUCCUCUGCUGCUGUGUUUCUGUAGGAAGCAACUUAUUUUAACUUUUUUGGUUUUUUUUUUCUUUUAAAGGAGAAGAAACAGAACCCCAGUGAGCAAAAACAUUUUAAAAAAUGAUUUUUUUUCCUUCCUAUUUAAGUGAUUCUUUCUCCUUCCUAUCUACUUUUGGAGAAUGUACUUAACAUCCCGGCUUCUUUUGUUAAGCCAUAGCUGACCUUAAUCUGUGGUUAGUUUAUUAAAAUAAGACAAAAAAUACUUUGUAAGAAGACAUAUUUUUGAUAAUAGGAUUGAUGUUGAAACACAGGGGCAGUUUAUAAAAAGGUAGAGAAAUAUAUUUUAGUGAACUGUAACCACAGAUCACAGAUUACUCCCAAUGAGCUGAUCUGUCUUUGGGUUUCCCCCUUUCCCUGACUCAGCCCUUUUCCCCAGAGGGUGGGAAUGGGCUUAUGGACACAGAAUUGGGGAGCGCCUUUGCAUUUUGCACAAAGCACAAGUCUGGACAGCCUUCACUCUGUCCAGCACCACUUCUAAGAGCUUUAAACUGGAGGACCUAUCCUGGGCCAAUUUUCCUUUUUCUUUCUUUCCUUUUUCCCCCCCUAGGGGGGGAAAAAUCAACUAUGCAAUUGUAUACACUCCUGGGUAACUAUGAAGAAGGGGAAUAAGUGUACUUAAGUGUUCAGAGUGUUAAUUGGGGCUGUUUUCCUGUAUGUGGAUUUCUCUUUUGAGGUAUGUACUCCUAACCCAUCUCAUGGAAUGUCAUCCCCACAUUUGCUCUAAACUGGAUGUGGGCUGGUUGUGUGUGUGUGUGUGUGUGUGUGUGUGUGUGUGUGUUGGGGACAUUUGUAAUUGCCAUAUGUUGCUUCUGCCCAAUCAGGAAAGUUGUCAUCCCAUUUCCCCCUUGGUAACAAAUCCUGUCAAGACUAUCCUCUUCAUUGGAACUGCUCAGAGUUUAGAACGGUUCCUCUCUCCUCAGCAGACUCGAAAGUCACUCAUUUUUCAAAUCUGAUAGUCUGUUGACUUAAUGAUUUCCUAUGGCUAUUAAUUCUUGGGCUUUUAUUUGAAAAUAGAAUGGUUUUCAGGAAGCACUGAGGUUAAAGGAAAUCAGUUCCAAAGGAGGGGGAUGUACAUAUUUCUGGACAGGGCUGGGACUAGUCCAAGAUGAGCACUUCUCUCAGGUACAGAACUUUAAGGGGUACUGAAAUCUCAGUGAUUAAGAUAAAUACUGUUUUAAUGCAGUAUUUAAAAUACAAUGCAAAAAAAAACCUGCAUGAUGAAUAAAAUAUCAAAAUCUUAAGACUCAAAUGGGAUUGAGACUAGGGUAGGGGAAAUAAGCUGAACUGAGCAAGUAUGGGGUUGAAUCCUGUCCUUACAAUUUUGAUAGCUAGUUCACUGUGGAUGUUUUACAUUGGUUUUGAUGUUCAAAAAAUAACUGUGUUAAAAUGGUAUAUUGGUUAUUGAGUUUUGGGGCACCACUUAAAUUUUGUGCCCGAAGUGAGUGCCUUCUCACCUCACUCUGGGGCUAGAACAACACUGGUGAGACCAUCCAUCACCUCUGAGCCUCCAUCCCCAUCCCCUACGUGCACCCAAACAACAGGUGGCCCCAGCUCGCACCUGGCACAGCUCACCGAGCUUUCCCAUCGGCGCCUGUCUGCUGCACAGGAUUCUGGCCUGGACCAAGAGGAAUGGGAACAAACCAGGGGUUUUCCCAGAGAGUAAAACCAGGAAAGUUCUAAUUCUCCUUUGGACUGCUGUGUUUGGAUUUGAUUUGUUACUAGAUUCUAGUUAAUAGUUUUGUUUUUAAAAACUGAGGACAAAUGAACAAAAACAGAAACCAUGUGUCAUGUUUGUUUUUGUUUCGAUUUCUAAACUAACCAAUCCCAGUUUAUUUGACCUCUUUUCAAAUAAAAGAAAUUCUGGGGGGUUGUCUAGGGGUGAAUAUGAUAGAAUAGGGCUUUAUUUAGGCCCUAUGGCUUUUUAUUCAGAAUGAAAUUAUUUUUGUUUAAUUUGGGAAGGUAACUAUAUAUUGAAGCAUUAGAAAAAAAAAAAAUUCUCCGUUCUAAGGAUGAGGGGCCCUGAGUCAAUGGAUGUUUUUCUGUAGGGAUGAGUAAAGACUGUUUUGCUUUAUUCUUUGAGGGGUUGUGUGGGAUGGAGGGUGAAGAAAUAAUGCCUGGGAAAUGAAAACAGACUCUGGUUGGUUUGUGGUAUUUUGGGAAGAUGAGGGGGUGGGAGAGGCAAGCCCGUGCAAUUACUGUGCUGGGGAGAGGGAAGGAGAGGGGGACAUGAUGUGCACCCAGAAUGAGCAAGAAUUCCUUGGUUAAGGAGGGGUAUUUGGGUGAAGGGGAAGGCAGAUCCUGUAAUCCUGGCUGAGGGAUGGGAUCUCUUGGUCUUAAAUAAGUGCACUUAGUUCCUUUAAUCCAGGGCAUUGGGCUACCUACUGAGGUUUUUAUUGGAGAGGGGAAAUAUUUGGGGUUCUUAUUUUUCCCCUUUUAAGACAGUGCUGUCCUUCCACCCUACAUUCUCCACCCCCGCCCUGAUGGAGCAGAUAUUCUAUAGGAUAGGUCUCCAGAUUCCUACCUUAAUCUGUGCUCGUUUUAUUGGGAGUUACAAGGUCUAAUAAAAAGUUUUUCCCCCAUACUGGAUUCUAUCUACAAAAUAAAAAGAUUAUAUCAAAA